UGUGCGCGGCAUGUGAUGCGCAUGCGCAACUCGGGUAAUGGCAAUUUUUCGGUGCGGUGUAAGAGUUUCGGUGCGAUUCAGACAAUGUCUUCAAAUGCAUCCGACACACCCAUAAUCAUCACCACAAUGGAACAAACAAUAACUCCAGGACAGCCCACACAGUUGCAUCAAGUUGGCAAACACCAAAUGCUGCCAGUGGUUGUAAUCCAGGCACAACCCAAUCAAAAACUGCACACAUCAUCGACAAACAGUAAUGUGCUUGCACUACCACAGAUACUACCCAUGCAGCAGGUGAACAAUCAGAUGAUGCUUGGUAAAACACCGAUUGUUCUCCAGAAAGCCACCAAUCUACCGAAAAACGGCGUCACUUACCUCACCAUGCUGAAACCCGUAAGCAAACCGCCUGAUAGUGUGCUAGCAGCGUCCCGAUUACCGAUUACUAGCAUCACCAACAUGGGUAAGUUGACGAGCGAGAGCACCUUGCAAGUUAUAAACAAUCAAAAGAUCAUGAUCACGCCAAUGCCGACUACAACUAGCACCAGUCGAUUGCCGGUCACCAUGACGACGAAUUCAGUGCAGUCAAAGAUCAGUUUUAUGCCUCUGAUGCACUCCGUGCAGAACAAGAGUAAGAUUAUUAAUCUGAAAAUGCCUGAGAAUAAAAUGGUCGAUACUGAUUUAACCAUCACGGCUGUGCCGGAUGAGAAAAACGUUGAAAAGAAACCAGUUCAGGAUGAUAGAUCGUAUGAGUUGUCGAUUGUUGAGGAAGAAUGCGAGGAGAAAGAUAAAAAUGAUAAAAUUACGUCAAUGCCACCAAUUCACGGGGUUUCGAUUCUAAAACGCAGUUUUCCGCUUAUUCCUAAAGUCGACCCACCUGUGACCACCACUGAUACAAUCAUUACAAUUUCAGAUCCUAACACCAAAGAAGUCCACAUCACUAAAUCCCUUCCGGAUCCUUUGCCACCGUUGGCACCUCCUCAAAUCACGCCUGAAAUUAAAGAAGAACCGAUUAAUUCCACUCCUGUGAUAGCUCAUGCUCCUGCGAAGCGUAGUAGAAAGUCUACGCUUUGUUUACGCAAAGAUUUCCAUGAAAUCGAGGUGCAAGUGUCGACAAAAGGCGCAACUCUUAAAUUAGACCUGGAAGAGGAAAACCGUCAUGAUAAGGAAGUGGACGAGAUAAAUUCCGGUGCAGAUCCGUUUAAUUUCAGUUCUUUGCUGGAUGAAGAGUUUAUUAAAGUGUUUGAUUGGAAACAAUCGGUUGGUAAGCUGCCGGGGACAAAUUUGAAAUUUUUCAUUAACGAGUUUGGUUUUCUUGAGUAUUUGACUCAGGAUGAAUAUAAUAAGAUGCAUUUGUCCAAACCUAAGAAGGAAGCCAUUGAAAAGGUGAGAAAACAAAAAGUUAAGAAAGAAUUAUCACCCGCUGAGGAACAAGAAGAAAUGCGAUGUUUAGAAUGUGGAUGUUUCGGCAUGGCUUCCGAAUUUAUUAAUCCGAAGUAUUGUAGUUUGGAAUGUCAUGCCUUGGGUGAGAAAAAAGCAGUUGAUGAUGCUGCAAAUCAAAAGAAACGGCCCAAACAGACGCAGUCGCAAAGCAACGCGUCGAAUUCAGCUAAUAAUCACGGUAAUGCAGCGAAGAAACGAAAAUUAGAAAAUGGCGAUCGUGAACGUGAGACACAUUCAUCCGAUGAUGAUGCCAGUAUAAGAACAGAGUCCUCAUAUGAUAAGUAUCCGUGGCAUUGUAAAACUAAAGGAUUUUCAUGGUCGAAGUAUUUGGCGCAUAUCAAUACAAUCGGUGCACCGGUGAAACUGUUCAAAGAUGCGUUUCCAUAUAAUCGGAAUGGGUUCCGUCCGGGUAUGAAACUGGAAGGGAUUGAUCCAUUGCAUCCGUCGUAUUUUUGUGUUAUGACUGUGGCGCAGGUGCAAGGGUAUAGAUUGUUGUUGCAUUUUGAUGGGUAUCCCAAGAAUUAUGAUUUCUGGGCGAAUGCGGAUAGUAUGGAUAUUUUCCCAGCUGGGUUUUGUGAGAAACACGAUCAUGUGUUGCAACCACCGCCGAAUUUUCCGGAUUUCAACUGGGUUAGUUAUCUGAAGCACACGAAGGCGUCGGUUGCUCCCAAACAUUUGUUUUCGAACCGGACUGGAAGUGCAAUAUUUCCUACCGCAUUCCGUGUCGGAAUGAAACUUGAAGCAGUCGAUCGAAAAAACACUGCAUUAGUAUGCGUCGCCACUGCCAAAGACUUGAUGGACAGCCGCAUCCUGGUGCACUUCGACAGCUGGGACGACAUUUACGACUACUGGGCGGAUCCAUCAAGUCCGUACAUUCACCCCGUUGGAUGGUGUGAUAAAAAUGGACAUAGUUUAACACCACCAAAUGAUUAUCCAAAUCUUGAAAACUUCACCUGGGAAAAGUACCUGAAAGAAACAAAUUCUGUCGCCGCGCCGGUGCGAGCGUUCAAACAACGACCACCAAGUGGUUUCCGGAAAGGUAUGCGCUUAGAGGCUGUCGAUAAGCGGGUGCCGCAACUUGUGCGUGUUGCUUGCGUCGUGGAGGUGAAACAACACCGACUGAGAGUCGCUUUCGACGGAUGGCCGGAUAGAUACUCAUAUUGGGUGGACGAAGACAAUCCGGACAUUCAUCCGGUCGGUUGGUGUCAGAAAACCGGACAUCCUUUAGAACCACCGUUGACACCUGAUGAUGUAUACGACUUCAUGGAAUGCGCCACCAUCGGUUGUCGCGGCAUUGGUAACAUGAAGGGACAACUGCUCAGCACACACAACAGUCUGAAAUACUGCCCAUACGCCGAAGCAAACAUCGAUAUCGAUACACUCCUCCCAGAUCGUUUGCUUUCACCUGACAGGGAGCUGGAAGCAAUUGUUCCUGUCAGCCGUGAACCCCGAACUAAGAAAGCAUCCAAGAGGAAAUACGAAACGAAUGCAGCUAAAACCGAAUGGAUUGGUUCAGCACACGUGGAAAAAACAGAAGAUUCCACUCGAGUUACAAGCAGAGGAAGUCCAGAAAUCCCACAGACACCGGAAGACACAGAUGCGCAUAAAUUGGAAAGUCCUAGCAUCGAGUUUAAGAUAAAAUCGUCAAACUCGACGCCAGCGCCCUCUCCAUCCGCAUCUAUCAAAUCCCAAUCGAUUUCAAUCAAAAAAGAGUCACAUUCAUCCAUCCUAGGCGAAGAAGAGUUAAAUUUAGAGGAGAUUAACAUGCGCAAUAAGCACUCGAAGUAUUACAAAUGUUAUGCAAAGUGCAAGACUGAUCCGAUGUUGUGGACAACGAUGAAUGUCAUGGACUACGUGCAAUCUUUACCAUUCGCCAAACACAAUGCAGAAGCAUUCGUGGAACAUUCAAUCGAUGGUGAAUCCUUCCUCAUGCUUACACAGGACGACUUGGUUGAAGUGCUGAAGUACAAACUGGGUCCUGCGAUAGCGCUGUACAAUUGUAUAUUGUUCCUGCGAAAACAUGUCAAUUGUGCGACUUGAGUCGUAAAACAUGCACAAGUAUUUCCCUGCUUGUCUCCUUAAGUUAGUUUUCAUGUACAUAUAUUUAUAAUCAUUUCAAUCAUUCACUCCUUCAUGCUGAUGAUGAUCGUGAUGUUUUAAAAACGCUAUUUUUACGUCGUGCGUGAUUUAUGUUAUAAAAUUAGGUGUUAUGUUAAUUGUACAUACAAGAAUACCAGAUAUUGAUAUUUGGUUGAA